UGGACACAAGCACUGAUGCAUGAGAAGAAUUAUCAAGGAAGCAUGGCUAAUUUUGAAGACCGUGAGCUGCUGAUGAUGUCAGAAACAGAUGCACAAUCAUAUGAUGAAACUUUGCACUCUAAAUUCCAAAGGCUUUUAUCCAGGACACAAAGUGCAUCAGUUUCUAUUCCCAUGGAGUCAUAUGAGAGAAAAACUAGUAUUGUGGGACAUAGUGGUUCACUCUAUGCUAAUGCUACACCAGGAACUGAUAAUCUCUUGCAGCAUAGUAUAGUUGUAACAGGAAACAAAACAGAGGAGAGCAAGACAGAUAAAUUUGCUACUUUCAUCAGCACAGAUAAAUUUGAUAGUAAAAAUGAACAUUUACUGAUAUCCGGACAACUGGGAAUUUGUAAUGAUCCUUAUUGUACUACUUGUCCUACUUACUUCGAGGCUUCUCAGCUAAGAAAUCCAAAAGCUUCAAUUCUAUCUGAUCCCAAGUUCCACAAUGCUCUUUAUGGGGAUGCCAAGGGUUUCGCUAGAAAACUUUUUUCCUUCUGUUCUUCUUUUGUUCCUGGAGUUAUGAACCCUCACUCUAAAUUCAUACAACAUUGGAACAAGGUUCUCGCCACUUUUUGCUUGGUUGCAAUUUUUGUGGAUCCAUUAUUUUUCUUCUUACUCUAUGUUCGUCAGGAUUUUAAUUGCAUAGUUGUCAACUGGAAAUUGACAAAAGCACUUGUUAUAGUUAGAAGCAUGAAUGACUUCAUAUAUUGUCUUAACAUUCUUCUCCAGUUUAGGUUGGCUUUUGUUUCUCCUGAGUCGAGGGUGGUUGGUGCUGGAGAUUUAGUUGACCAUCCAAAGAAAAUUGCUCUUCGUUACCUGAAGGGUUAUUUUCUUAUUGACUUAUUUGUUGUAUUUCCUCUUCCUCAGGUAAUGUUAUUGUCUGUCCUACCAAAUUCCUUGAGGGGAGCAAAUUAUGCUAAAAAUGUCCUGCGUGCAGCGAUCCUAGUACAAUAUAUUCCCAGAUUAUUCAGGUUUCUGCCUAUGCUGUUUGGCCAAUCUCCUGCAGGAUUCAUAUUUGAGUCAGCAUGGGCAAAUUUCAUAAUAAACCUUCUUAUUUUUAUGCUAGCUAGCCAUGUUGUUGGCUCUUGCUGGUACCUCUUUGCGCUACAGAGGGUUAAUCAAUGUUUUCGAAAUGCAUGCCAUACUUCUAAUAUACCUGGAUGCCUGACAUUCAUUGAUUGUGGACAUAGCCAUAAUGGACACAAUCAGCCUGGUCUAUCAUCAAACCAGUGGAACAACCAUAUAGAUGCUAUUGCGUGUUGGAAUUCCUCUUCCGGUGGUUCUUUUGCUUACGGGAUUUACGCCAAUGCUGUACCUCUUACUACACAAACAGACAUGGUCAUCAAAUACAUAUAUGCUCUAUUUUGGGGAUUACAGCAAAUCAGUACUCUGGCUGGUAACCAAACACCUAGCGAUUUUGUGUGGGAAGUCCUUUUUACUAUGGCCAUCGUGGGAUUGGGACUUUUUCUUUUUGCACUUCUCAUUGGAAACAUACAGAACUUUCUUCAAGGUCUUGGACGGAGGAGGCUAGAAAUGCAACUUAGAAGCCGUGAUGUUGAGCAAUGGAUGAGUCAUCGGCGCUUACCCGAAUACCUAAGAAGGAGAGUACGAGAGGCUGAACGGUAUAGUUGGACCGCAACAAGGGGGGUGAAUGAAGCAGUGCUCAUGGAGAAUUUUCCAGAAGAUCUCCAAGUGGACAUAAGACGCCAUCUCUUCAAAUUUGUUAAGAAAGUUCGGAUUUUUGCUCUGAUGGAUGAGCCUAUAUUAGAUGCCAUUUGCACGAGAUUAAGACAGUCGACAUACAUCAAAGGAAGUAGAAUUUUGAGUCAUGGUGCUGUGGUAGACAAGAUGCUAUUCGUGGUGCGUGGUAAAUUGGAGAGCAUUGGAGAAGAUGGAACUAGGAUUCCUUUAUCUGAAGGGGAUGCUUGUGGUGAAGAACUCCUAACGUGGUAUCUUGAGCAUUCUUCAGUGAGCACGGAUGGAAGAAGAGUAAGGCUUCCAGGACAGAGGUUGCUUAGCAACAGGACAGUAAGAUGCUUAACAAAUGUGGAAGCACUUUCACUCCGAGCUGCAAACCUUGAAGAAGUCACAAUCCUUUUCACAAGAUUCUUGCGUAGUUUGCGUGUUCAAGGAGCCUUAAGGUAUGAAUCACCCUAUUGGAGAUCCCUAGCAGCAAUCCGCAUUCAGGUUGCAUGGAGAUACAGGAAGAAACGACUAAGUCAUGCUGAUUCCUCUCUUCAAGAUAAAUUGGAGAAUCAUCAAGGAAACAUGGCUCAUUUUGAAAAAGAUGAGGUGCCAAUGCUGUCAGAAACACAUGCUCGACUAUCUGAUGAAGUUGUGGAUUCUAAUUUCCGGAGGCUUGUAUCUAGGACACGAAGUGCUUCAAUUUCUAUUCCUAUGGCCUCCUUGGAAUCAUAUGAGAAAGAAACUAAUCUUGUAGGACAUACUGGUCCACUUCGCAGUGUGAGAAAAACCCCCUUUGUGCAGAUGAGUGGUCCACUGUAUGCUACCAAUGGAACUGGAAAUCUUUCACGACAGAAUAUAGUUGUGACAGGAACCAAAGUAGUGGAGAGCAAGACAGAAAAGUUUUCUACUUUUGAUGGCACGAAUGAAAAUCGUUGGGAUAAUGACUAUGAUAGAAAGAAUGAGCACUUAAUGAGGUCUGGGCAACUGGGAAUGUGUAAUGAUCCUUGUUGUACUACUUGCCCCUCUUAUGUCAAGGCUUCUCAACCAAGAACCCGGAAAACUUCAGCUAUAUUUGAUCCCAAGUUCCACAAUAAUCUUUAUGGGGAUGCCAAGGGUUUUGGAAGAAAACUUUAUUCCUUCUGCUCUCGAUAUGUUCUUGGAGUUAUGAAUCCUCAUAAUAAAUUUCUACAACGAUGGAACAAGAUUUUGGCCAUUUUUUGCUUGGUGGCAAUUUUUGUUGAUCCAUUAUUUUUCUUCUUAAUCUAUGUGAAGAAGAAUGAAAAAUGUAUUGCUAUCAAUCAGACAAUGACAACAACACUUGUUUUAUUUAGAAGCAUUAAUGAUUUGAUAUAUUUCUUUAACAUUCUUCUCCAGUUUAAGUUGGCUUAUGUUUCUCCUGAGUCAACGGUAGUAGGUGCUGGAGAUUUAGUUGACCAUCCCAAGAAAAUUGCUCUUAAUUAUCUGAAGGGUUAUUUUUUCAUCGACCUAUUUGUUGUAUUGCCUCUUCCUCAGAUAAUGAUAUUAUUUGUCCUACCAAAGUACCUGGGAUUAUCAGGAGCAAAUUAUGCUAAAAAUCUUCUGCGUGCUGCCAUCCUUGUGCAGUAUUUUCCCAGAUUAUUCAGAUUUCUGCCUCUGCUAAUUGGCCAGUCUCCUACAGGAUUCAUAUUUGAGUCAGCCUGGGCAAAUUUCAUUAUAAAUCUUCUCAUUUUUAUGCUAUCUGGCCAUGUUGUUGGUUCUGGCUGGUACCUCUUUGGUCUACAGAGGGUUAAUCAAUGCUUGCGAAAUGCCUGCCGUGAUUCUAAUAUUACUGGAUGCUCAGCAUUCAUUGAUUGUGGCUAUGGCCCUGACGAUGUAUCUGGCCGGGCAGAAGUGUGGAACAACAAUGUAAAUGCCACUGCUUGUUUGAAUUCAAGUUCUGAUGCUUUUAAGUAUGGGAUCUAUGUAAAUGCUGUACCACUUACUAUAGAAACUAGGGUGGUCCACAAAUAUGUAUUUGCACUGUUUUGGGGAUUCCAGCAAAUCAGUACCCUGGCUGGUAAUCAAACCCCAAGCUAUUUUGUGUGGGAAGUACUUUUUACAAUGGCCAUCAUAGGAUUGGGACUCUUGCUUUUUGCACUUCUCAUUGGAAAUAUACAGAACUUUCUGCAGGCUCUUGGACGCAGGAGGCUAGAAAUGCAACUUAGAGGUCGUGAUGUUGAGCAAUGGAUGAGCCACCGUCGCUUACCCGAAGAUCUAAGAAGGAGAGUACGUCAUGCUGAACGGUAUAGUUGGGCAGCAACAAGAGGAGUGAAUGAAGAAAUACUUCUGGAGAAUAUGCAGGAAGAUCUCCAGACAGACAUAAGACGUCAUCUCUUCAAAUUUGUUAAAAAAGUUCGAAUCUUCGCCCUGAUGGAUGAGCCUAUCUUAGAUGCCAUUUGUGAGAGACUAAAACAAAAGACAUACAUCAAAGGAAGUAAAGUUUUGAGUCAGGGGAGUCUUGUAGAGAAGAUGGUCUUUGUUGUACGUGGGACAUUGGAGAGCUUUGGGGAUGAUGGAACUAUGGUUCCCUUAUCUGAAGGGGAUGCUUGUGGUGAAGAACUUCUGACAUGGUAUCUUGAGCAUUCUUCUGUAAGCACAGAUGGUAAAAAAGUAAGGGUUCAAGGACAGAGGUUGCUGAGCAACAGGACAGUAAGAUGCUUAACAAACGUGGAGGCAUUUUCACUUCGAGCUGCAGACCUUGAGGAACUGACAAUUCUUUUCACAAGAUUCUUGCGGAACCCUCAUGUUCAAGGAGCACUAAGGUAUGUAUCACCUUACUGGAGAUCCCUUGCAGCAAACCGUAUUCAGGUUGCAUGGAGAUACAGGAAGAAGCGUCUAAGUCGUGCUAAUACCUCGCAAUCAGAUCAAACAUUGAUUGCAUAGAUUGUCCUUAAUAUCUUAUUAGCUAAACUUUGUCAUAGGUUGUACGAUUAUAAAAUAUCUUUGAUAGUUUCACUUAUUUCCAUGUACAAAUGUUCCUUCUAAAAGGCAUGUAUUAAGCGUCAAGAACUUAAUUAAAAAAUUGAGAAUUGGAUAACUCGCCAGAAGCAGCCAUGAAUUUUAACAUGAAUCA